UUGUUGGAUCAAUGUGCAAAUACAAACACCGUACCGACAGCUGUUUACUUUUAAAGCCUGCUCUUUGUAGUUGAAAUGAUUUCGACUCAGAAGCACAGCACCGCAUUGCGGUGAAUAGCUGAAACUAAUAUAGGGUCCAUUAGCAAAGCAACUACAACAACUGUCUCGAACUGUCACUUGCACCGAAACUUCAUUCGUCACACGAUCCGAACACAACACACGAAAAAAAAAGUCAAAAUCAAAAAUGUCCGCAUGUUAAAUAAAAUAAAUAAUACCAUAAUAAAAAGUUCUUCAUUUCAUUUCCAAUGUUUUCGUUUUUUUUUUUAAUUAGUGGGGGAAAAUAACAAACCCAAAAUAUUGUGUAUAAAAAAGAAAAGAAUCGUUUGUUUUAAGUGUGUAGUGACGGAAACAACAAGCAAAUACAAAGAAAUCCCUUUUUGCCAUAUAUAUAUUUAUUUAGUGUUUUUUCUACGCAGUUUUAGAAUUGUAGCUUGGAUAAAAGAAAAUACUAAACAUGAUGCGACCUCCACACAUUCAACACAUGAAUCAAAUGCCACCACAAUCAGCGACCCAUCAUAUGUCGAAUAUGUCACAUCAUCAACCUCACAUGAAUAUGUCGACGGUACAGCAACCACACAAUCAUAUGAUGCACAGUCAUCAAAACUACCAUCAAAAUAGAUUGGGCAACCAACACAAUCAUCAUUCGCAACAGCGCAUGAGCUACGGGCAAAGUCGUCCAAAUUUUCAUAACGGCAGUCACAACAUGCAUAGCAAUCACGGGCCAAAUAACGUUGCAAAUAUUUCGUCGAAUGUGUCACAAUCGCAACAGCAACCGACAAAUAUCAAUAGUAAAAUAGACACAAACAUUGGUGUACAGUCACAAUCAAAUAACCAACCGAGAUACAAAACAAUGGAUUCAUCGAAUUUGGGCAAUCAACAACAGCAGCAACAGCAACAGCAACAGCACGCAAGUCAAAAGUCAUCGAUUCAAAUGACAUCGAACAGCGAUAAUGUGCUUAAUUUGGAUAUUAUGGAAAUGAAUCAUGGAUGUGUCGAUGAUCAGGGUGCAUUGAAUGUCAUUGUCACAUCGAAUGCUUCCAGCAAAACAAAGACUCCGAUGUGUUUAAUUAACGAAUUGGUUCGAGCUAAUCAGUUAAAACAUCAAUACCGUGUGACCGAUGAGCGGGGCCCAUCUCAUGAUAAAGUUCAUACGGUUGUAUUGGAAUUGGGUGACGAACGAUACAGUGCACAAAGUAAGACGAUCAAAGGUGCACAACAAUUAGCAGCCGCAACUGCUCUCGAAAAAACCAAUUAUAAACAACUAACGAGCCGAACGCCGCGCGGCUUACUUGCACGACAUCCACGCGAGAAAUAUGGUCCCGUCAACACAAUCACACCAACCGUUCAAUUGAAUGCAUUGGCCAUGAAACGAGGCAUUCCAACGAAUUAUUCGUAUGCAUACCCAAAGUCUCACAAUGAACAGGCCCUAAAUCUCGCACGAAAUGCACGCAUCAAAGGGAAUAAAAUGCGAAAUUUCCGCGAAAAAUUCCCAAACCAACGGUCACCACAAUUUAUUCAUCGAACCACCGAAGAUGAUCCAUAUCGGGUGACCGUUGUAAUUGGGGAUAAGCAAUUUUCGGGCACCGGUCUCACAUUGCAAUCGGCCAAACAUGAUGCUGCAUCAAAAGCUUUGAUCGAAUUACAAGAUGAACCGUCGAAAUCACCACAAUCAACCGUUUCAAAUAGCUAUGAAUCACCCGAUGAUAAAAUCAUACAUGGAGUCAUACCAGGCGACAUGAGUGUUGAUCGAAUCAAAUCGGCAAUAUCAGUAGUACAGGAAAUUGCACAGAAACGUGAUCUACCCAUACGUUUUGUGGUUGAAAAUGAAACCGGGCCAGCCCAUAUGAAACAUUUCAUCAUUAAAUGUUCGGUUGGUGAGAUCGAAACAAUCGGUGAAGGAAAUUCGAAAAAAGUGGCCAAAAAGCAUGCAGCUGAAAAUAUGUUGAAUGAAUUGAAAAAACUACCACCAAUUCGUAGCGCAAGUGAAACGCAAGGAAAUGGACGUCGCAAAAACUUUGUGGGCAAACGGAAUGCAUCGUCGAAUAGCCGGCAACAAGUGCAACAAAUUAGUAGUACUCGUCGAAAAGGAUCGGCAACCGUGGUGGUGGUCAAAGAGGUGAACAACACGAAUGUAUUGAGCACUGAAACUGCCACAACCAUCACACCGACAACCAAUACCGCAACCAAUGCCGUCGACGAAAGUGAGCUCAGCAAUCCGAUUUCAAUGUUGCUUCGCAUUCAGCAAGCCGCCAAACAAUCUGAACCGGAUUACCAAGUGGUCGAAGAGCGGGGCCAGGGUCGUCGCAAAGAAUUUGUCAUGGAAGUGACUUGUUCGAAUUUGACAGCGCGCGGUAUUGGUAGUAGCAAAAAGAAUGCCAAACGUGAAGCUGCCAACAAUAUACUCAGUCAAAUGGGCUACAGCGAAUCGGGUAAUGUGGAUACGGUCACCGGUCCAAAUGCAAACAACAACACGGAUAAAGGCCGGAAGGUAACAUUCUCGGAGGCAAGAGUGUACAGCGAAAAUAAUGGACAAUCAAUUGGUAGCAGUGGUGGAGGUGCUGUCGGGCGUCAGCUCGUGCCAGGUCUUUUAUUGGUUAAGAGCCCCGAAAACAAUAGAAAAUCGAAAUUCAAAAUCGACGCCAAAACAGCGAAUCAAUCAGGAAUAAAUUACACAACAACUGCAACUAUUGCCAAAGAAUUGCUCGAUGCGGGAACGUCUCCAACAGCUGAAGCCAUUAUAAAUCAAGGUUCACCGGUUAAGAAAGCAGCACCCACCGAAGAAAUCAAACCAGCAUCUACUGAGGUGUCACCAUCGAAAAUUGAACCGAACAACAAUAACAUCGGCGAAAUGAAAUCAACAACACAAUCGCAUGGUGGUAUCCGUGCCACUGAUCAAUUGCUCUAUUUGGCUCAACUACUCAAGUUUGAGGUUCAAUUUGAUGAUUUUCCACGCGGUAAUCACAAGGACUAUUUAACACUGGCAUCGCUGAACACCGAUCCGCCGCAAAUGUUCCAUGGUUCGGGCAGUAGUUUGGAAGCGUCAAAGAAUCAAGCGGCAUUGGCCGCAUUGAAAGCGCUCAGCGAGCUUGGCUUGGACAAUGUGAACAAGCCAAGAGACCAACCGCCAAAAUCAAUACUGAGCAAUGGAAAAUCCAACUAAAUUCAAUCGCGUUUCGACAUUUUUUUUUCUCUCUUCUAAAUCAAUUUAUCAAGGCCAUAUCCCUAAUUUAUUAUUUUGUUGCAAGAAGAAAAAGAGAAUGAAGAGUGAAGCAACCGAAAGUUAUCAUUUGAUAGUAUUUUGAAGAAGAUGAGAAAAAUGUCGAUAAAGCAUAAGAAAACUUAGCAAAUUCAAAAGAAAAAUGUGCUCACUAGUUAAAUUUUUACGUUGCUUUCGGUUUCCGUGCUUCAUUCAAUAUCGACACAAUAGCACACCCCACCAAACGAAUAGUUAUUUUUUUUUUCUUUCGUCCUACCUAUUUUCUUUCGCAAGUCGAAAUUCAUUUUUUUUUUGCUGCUUAGUCUUAUAUGUUUAUAGUUUUGCCAACCAAACACACACACACUUACAUACAUACACACAGAUCAGCAAAAGUGUAACCGAAAUGUUUGCAAAAAUCAUUUUGUCGUUAAUUGUAUUUAAAUCACACCGUGAAGAUUGUAUUUAUUAUGUUCUCGUUAAAAAAAAAGUAUAGAAGAAGAAGAAGAAGAAGAAAAGCCAAAGUAUUUUCGAAAUAAUUUAUUGUAAUUUUUGUGUGUUUUGUACCAUCAAAACCAAAACCAAUCCCAGCAAACAAUACAAGUUUCAUGAUUUAAUAUUAAUUUGAAAUAAUUGUAAUUUAUAUAUUUAAAAAAAAGAAGAAGAAAGAAAAAUGCAUAUAAAAAAUGAAAGAAA